AUGUCGCUCUCAGACUCGGAUUCCGAGCCUGAGGUUCCUAGACCUCUGAACACGCUCCAUAUCAUGAUCCGAGAGAUGUUGUAUGAGAUGCAAGAAAACGGGUCCACCAUUUCGGCCCUAGAAGCAUGGGUUGAGACUGUGGACUCAGAAGCAUACAGAAAGGAUCCAUGGCCUCAGGACCUUAUAGACGCCCAUGCCCACUACAAGGCGUUAGUCGCGGAGAUUAACUCGAAGAGGAUGGCUUACAACAAUUCUGCUCAUUACAGCCUAAGAGAGAAGCUGCGCUACACACCAAAAGUCCAACUAGAACGCCUGACGCAAGAAGAAGUGUCUAACUACAGCCGAAGAGAUACCUCGACAUUGGGCAUCAAUAUCAAUAUCAACAUCAACAUCAUCUUGUUGAUCCUGGUGAUCCAUGUCUUCUGGGUCUGGCGUCAUAGUACCAUCUUUUUCAAUACUCUCUCUGGACAUCAUGAAAGAAAAAGACGCACGAUUGGGAAAAAUAUCAUGUAA